GCACGAUUUGUCAACACUGAAUUACCGAUUACAUUACAGAAAUAAAAUAAAAAGUUAAGUGAAUGACAACAAACAUUCACAUGUAAAUUGCUUGAAUAGGUUAGAAUUUAAAAAGAAUACAUACAUUGUAUUUAAACAAAACAAAAAAGCAAUAUGGUGGAUCAUAAUUUAAUUAAAAAGCUUUCUUUAUCUUUUUUUAAAGGCCUACAUUGCAAUCUGAAACUACAUUUUUCAGCCCGAAGAAAUAAAAAAAAUGACUUGGGAAAAUCAAGACUUAUUUUUAAAGCAAACCGUAAAAACCGCUCUUUUUAAAAAAUACCCUUGCCAUCGAGAUUUUUGUGUCCGCUUUUUUAAAAUGCUAAUACAAUCAUUAGAACCUGAACAAGAAGUCCAUGACGAUAUGUAUACAUUCCUAUGUAAUAUCAUGAAAACCUCCAUAAAUGAUUUUUGUUACCGCCACUAUGUAGUUGGGAAUGAUUUUAAUAAUAUAAUAACCAUCAAGGAAACAAAAAACAUGGUACUUAAUGGGACUACUGGCUUAAAGACUUGGGAGGCUGCUCUUAUGCUAUCAGAUUGGGCUUUGUGUCAUAAAGAAACAUUUUCUAACAAGAAUGUUCUUGAACUAGGGUCUGGCGUUGGAUUCACUGGCAUAACUGUUGCUAAACUAUGUGAUAUAACAUCCAUGAUAAUGACUGAUUGCCAUUCAGAUGUAUUGAAUACAAUGAAUAAUAACAUUCAAGUAAAUUUAUCAGAUUUUUGUUUGAAAGAAAAUAUUAAAACAAAUAUGUACACAAACGGAGGCAAAUCAAUAGGUGUCAUGUUGUUGGAUUGGAAUGAUACGGAAGAAUUAUCAUUACCUUAUAUACCAAAUAUUGUUAUUGGAGCUGAUAUAGUAUAUGACCCAUCAAUAUUGCAGUCAUUGUUAAAUGUACUUUUAAUGAUCCACAAGAUAAAUAAUAAUGUAGAUAUAUACAUAGCCAGUGUCAUACGAAAUCAAGAUACAUUUAAUGAAUUUCUAAAGGAACUAGAGUUGAAAUGUUUUAAACAUGAGGAGAUAAAUUUAUCCAAUAAUGGAUUAAUAGAUUGGGAUAAUUCUAUCAAUAGAUGUUUGUUAAAAAUAAAUAAAAUAUCAUAGUGUCUAUGUU